AUAAAUUUUUUGCAUAAGUAGAGAAAAAAGAAGAGAACAAAUACGUCAACCCUCGCAAUAUACAAUCGAAUAAAUAAUUUUCCUAUAAAUUGAUAUAGGUCUCUCCGGUACAAGAAAACGUAAUUGUAGACAACAGACCAUGGUGGGAGCGCUAUCAGCCUAUAUCUUACAUCUGGCGUACGAGAUCGGGUACGUCGGAGCAAUUCAAAGAUAUGGUUCGUAGAUGUAACAACGCCGGUGUGAGAAUUUACGUCGACGUGGUGUUCAAUCAUAUGACCGGCGAACACAAAGUAGCAGUGGGUACCGGCGGUUCGACAGCGAAUACAUUCAACUUCAGUUAUCAAGCAGUACCGUACACAAAAGUUGAUUUUCACGCACCAUGCGAAAUUAACAAUUACCAGAAUGCAACGAACGUGCGGGAUUGCCAAUUGUCCGGUCUGCUCGAUCUUGAUCAGUCGAAAGAAUUUGUCAGGGAGAAGAUCGUCGAUUUUAUGAACGACGCCAUCGAAGCUGGAGUCGCCGGUUUUCGAGUAGACGCAGCUAAACAUAUUUGGCCGAAUGAUCUAAAAGUGAUUUAUUCUCGGCUGAAGAAUCUCAAUUCCGAGCACCAUUUUGACGUAAAUGCGCGACCUUAUAUAUUUCAAGAAGUGAUCGAUUACGGCGGUGAAGCAAUCAGCAAAUAUGAAUACAACAGUUUUGGCGGGGUGACGUAAUUCCGGAAUGGCGUCAACUGGAGAGAAGCUAAGGGGCUAUUACCGUCGCAGGAUGCCCUGAUAUUUAUUGACAAUCAUGACACUCAACGGAGCAACUCCAACAUACUCACCUACAAGUCAUCGAGGUUGUACAAGAUGGCCGUCGCCUUCAUGCUGGCGCACACUUAUGGAACCCCGCGUAUUAUGAGCUCCUUCGAUUUCAACGAUUUCAACGAAGGUCCGCCCCACGACUCCGCCGGAAACACUCUGUCUCCGAUUAUUAAUUCUGAUAAUACCUGUGGCAACGGCUGGAUCUGCGAGCAUCGGUGGCGUCAGAUUUACAAUAUGGUGCGCUUCCGAAAUGCCGUCAAUAAAACCAGCAUCAACUAUUGGUGGGACAAUGAUAAAAAAAAAAAAUAA